AUGUCCUUCCUGGGGAUCAGAGCCCUCUUUACUCCCACGGCGCCCGCAGCAGGGUUGCAUUGGUUCUUGAGCAGAAAUGAGGGCUGGGGGUCCCUGGUUGUACACCGGGAGAGCAGAGUAGAGUGGGAGCCAGAGGGCCACCUAGAGCUGCAGAAACACUGUCCCCGCUCCUCCAUCCCUGUCCCCUCACCUCCGUCCCUGUCCCCGCACCUCCGUCCCUGUCCCCUCACCUCCGUCCCUGUCCCCUCACCUCCGUCCCUGUCCCCUCACCUCCGUCCCUGUGCCCGCACCGCCGUCCCUGUCCCCGCUCCUCCGUCCCUGUCCCCUCACCUCUGUCCUUGUCCCAGCUCCUCCGUCCCUGUCCCCUCACCUCCAUCCCUGUCCCCGCUCCUCCGUCCAUGUCCCCUCACCUCCGUCCCUGUCCCCGCACCUCUGCCCCUGUCCCCUGCUCGCCAUGCCUGUGGCAGCAGCGUGACUUUGGAACCUUCCCUGCCCAAGCUUUGCGCAGGCUGCCCAGCGGGCUCAGGCCCCGAGCCCAGAGCAACCAGCACAAUAGCGUCCAACAGCUGGAACGCCAGCAGCAGCCCCGGGGAGGCCCGGGAGGAUGGACCCGAGGGCCUGGACAAGGGGCUGGACAACGAUGCGGAGGGCGUGUGGAGCCCGGACAUCGAGCAGAGCUUCCAGGAGGCCCUGGCCAUCUACCCGCCCUGCGGCCGGCGCAAGAUCAUCCUGUCGGACGAGGGCAAGAUGUACGGUCGAAAUGAGCUGAUUGCCCGCUACAUUAAGUUGAGGACGGGGAAGACUCGGACCAGGAAACAGGUGUCCAGCCACAUACAGGUUCUAGCUCGGAAGAAGGUGCGGGAGUACCAGGUUGGCAUCAAGGCUAUGAACCUGGACCAGGUCUCCAAGGACAAAGCCCUCCAGAGCAUGGCGUCCAUGUCCUCUGCCCAGAUCGUCUCCGCCAGCGUCCUGCAGAACAAGUUCAGCCCACCCUCCCCUCUGCCCCAGGCCGUCUUCUCCACUUCCUCACGGUUCUGGAGCAGCCCCCCUCUCCUGGGACAGCAGCCUGGACCCUCUCAGGACAUCAAGCCCUUUGCACAGCCAGCCUACCCCAUCCAGCCGCCCCUGCCACCGACGCUCAGCAGUUAUGAGCCCCUGGCCCCGCUCCCUCCAGCCGCUGCCUCUGUGCCCGUGUGGCAGGACCGCACCAUUGCCUCCUCCCGGCUUCGGCUCCUUGAGUACUCAGCCUUCAUGGAGGUGCAGCGGGACCCUGACACGUACAGCAAACACUUGUUCGUGCACAUCGGCCAGACGAACCCCGCCUUCUCAGACCCGCCCCUGGAGGCGGUCGACGUGCGGCAGAUCUAUGACAAGUUCCCUGAGAAAAAGGGUGGGCUGAAGGAGCUCUAUGAGAAGGGGCCCCCCAAUGCCUUCUUCCUUGUCAAGUUCUGGGCUGACCUCAACAGCACCAUCCAGGAGGGCCCGGGAGCCUUCUAUGGGGUCAGCUCCCAGUACAGCUCUGCUGACAGCAUGACCAUCAGCGUUUCCACCAAGGUGUGCUCUUUUGGCAAGCAGGUGGUGGAGAAGGUGGAGACGGAGUACGCCAGGCUGGAGAACGGGCGCUUCGUGUACCGGAUCCACCGCUCGCCCAUGUGCGAGUACAUGAUCAACUUCAUCCACAAGCUGAAGCACCUGCCCGAGAAGUACAUGAUGAACAGCGUGCUGGAGAACUUCACCAUCCUGCAGGUGGUCACAAGCCGGGACUCCCAGGAGACCCUGCUGGUCAUCGCUUUUGUCUUUGAAGUCUCCACCAGUGAGCACGGGGCCCAGCACCACGUCUACAAGCUGGUCAAAGACUAAGGUGCCCUCUGCCCCUCACAAGGAUGCAGGACGAGCUUCUUUUCCACACGCCUGCCUGGCCUCCCCGCCAGGGGCGUCCAGGAUUGAGGACUCUUCCACCUGCCAGGCCUCAGGCCAGGACCCGGGAGGCCUCCCCACCUCCCCCAGCACACACACUCCCUGUCACUGUUCUGCGCUUUAAUCGUGGGAAGAGGAGGGCUUGGCGUGGGCCAGGCUGUCUGGGGUGCUGACCCACCACCUGGCUCUGCCCAGCCUCCCAUGGCCUUGGAGAGUCAGAGAUGGAAGGCCCGUGUGAGCUCCAGCAUGUGUGGCCACCGGCCGCCAGGGGAGCGAAUGGAUGGGCAGGGGAGGGUAGGAGGGAGGCAGGGAGCUGGCGUGCAAGGACAGUGUCGAGCUGAGCUGGAUUGAGGACAGAGGCCCACGCUUCUCUGCACGCUCUGUGCUGGGCCUCUUGCCAGGCCCCUUGCAUGGCUGUGCCAUCCUCAGACCCUGCACAGCAAGCGUGGAGCUCUAUUUCAGAUGAAGUGCCCAGACUCCCAGCAGUCGAGGGCCCCAUGGGAGGGGUGGGCAGAGCUGGAGCUCCAUCCAGGACUGCCUGUCCCCAGAGCCAGGUUCGCACUACCUCCCUGGAGCGGGGCUGGCCAUCGGGGUUAGGAGGGGUCUGCACUGCUGUGGAGUGGAAUUUCCUUGGUGGCAGCUGGCUUGGAGGCCCGAAGAGCACUCCUCUCCCAGUCCCCCAGUACAGGGCAGUAGGAGGGGAGUGUGUGUCUGUGAGGUACCCACUUGGCACCCUCUAGCAGCCCACAAGCCAGCUGGGUUCCCCCAAAGCCUCCAGGCAGUCCUCCAAGCUGUCCUGGCCCAGUUCUGAUGCCCAAGUCCUCAAUACCCUCCAGGGGCCCAGACUCAGAAAGGAUGCAGGGCCGGGUGGAGGAAGAUAGGUCUCUACCCCUGGGCAGGACAGAAGCCCGGGAGAAGUGGUGGCAGGAGGCUUUGACACUCUCUCUUGCCAAGACUUGGGUUUGAUAAACCCUCAGUGGGCACUGUUUCGAAGGCAGCCCUUCCCCGGCAGCCCCUUCCCAACAUCUAGGCCCUGAGGGCUGGCUCAGCCUGCCCAGGGCCUCCUCUGGGUAUUUAUGAGUGUCACAUGAAGUACUGUGCCCCUUCUCCCCCUACCC